CAGUUCUACUCGUGAUUUCAGACUGUGUGCAUCUUCUCACUACGACGAGCAACUUGAAUAGCACCCUCGCUAUCUUAUUAUCGGGGAAGGCGUGAAUUUUGUAAUCGUCCGUCGAAUACGGCAUGCUUUUCCGGGUCCUCGUCUUCCCGCUAUAUAAACUGAUCGCAUGGAAUAAAGACUAGAGCAACUGGCAGGACUAUUAGUAAAUAUUUUUACUCAAAAGAAGAACGACGGAGGUGUUGCGUCGCGUGACAAAAUACUGUGAUGAUAGACAAGCUUCCGAUCUCUCAAUUAAGGCAGUGAAAGUAGGUUAGGUGACGCAGUUCAAACGCAUUUGGCACCGAUGGAAAUUCUAUCAAGGGUAGCCGAAAGUUUUGCUGGCCUCUGGAGAAAUCGUCGACGUCCCCACAGUGAAGAUCACAACAAUCGCAACGAUGUUAACAGUGACGAUAAAGAACUCUCAUCCUAUCAAGUGGCCAACUAUUUGCAAUGUAAUCCUGAGUUCCUAGAUACGUUUAUAAUGGAUGUAAUCCAACUAGAACAGUUGGAAAGGUGGAUGAUACGAAAAACCCAGAGGUCUAGAAAAGUAACUCAACCUGUCAGUAAAAAUGGCAGAAAAACAAGCCUCAGUCGUUGGAAAUUUUGCGUGCAUGCCGAUAAACGGCAGAUGCUACAGGAUCUGAUACAUUCACUACAGUUACGGCCUACAAAAAUGCAUGUACUCUGGGAGCUGGCAUCGUGCAUAUGUUCUGCAGUGAACGCCGAUGGAUUUCGCCUAUACACAACUGAUGCAACGGAUACUGACGGACUGCACCUUUGCCUCAGUAACAGCUUCAUUGACGAGAAUGGAGAUCCCAAACCACUUAGGAUCAAAUCUGAUGCAGCGAUACCUAACUACGUUGCAAGAACGAGAGAACCAAUCCGAUUCUCCAAAGGAGAUGAAGACACACGUUUUGACCGAGAUGUUCUAGAUAAGAGCGAAAUGGCGCAUGUGAUGUGUCAACCUAUCGUGUAUCCAGAUGGGUCUCUAGUAGCCGUUCUUGAAUUAUGGCGACGUGACUGUGGGUCAUCAUUUUAUGAAGAGGAUGAAGAAAUUGGAUGCAGUUACUUAGUUUGGGGAGGAAUCGCCAUACAUUACGCACAUCUCAAUCUAGUAGGACUUAAACAGCGAAAACUAAACGAUUUCCUUCUGGCUGUAGUCAAGUCCAUAUUUCAAGACAUGGUUAGCAUGGAUAUGCUAGUGUCGAAAGUAAUGAAUUUUGCUCAACGUCUUGUGGAUGCAGAUCGCGCCUCACUGUUCCUUGUAGAUUCUAAAAGUAAAGAAUUGUACGCUACAAUAUUCGAUAUAGGCUGUGACGAAAAGACUGCAAAGAAUGGAAACGAAAACGAACUCAAUAUAGCCCCGAAGGAAAUAAGAUUUCCACUAGGAACCGGUAUUGCAGGUCAAGUCGCAAUGACCGGAGAAAUAUUGAAUAUAGUCGACGCUUAUGCAGAUACCCGAUUCAACAGAUCGAUCGAUCAAUUAACCGGAUACAAAACGGAAUCUAUCUUAUGUAUGCCAAUCUUUAUACGUGGUAAUAUCAUUGGUGUGGUACAAAUGGUGAAUAAACGAUCCGGAUGUUUCAACCAGGAAGAUGAAGAAGCAUUUGAAAUGUUUGCUGUAUAUUGUGGUCUAGCUCUUCAUCACGCCAAACUAUAUGACAAAAUACGAAGAUCUGAACAAAAAUAUCGCGUAGCUUUAGAAGUAUUGAGUUAUCACAACACGUGCUCCGAAAAGGAAGUGGAAAAGUGUCUCGAGGAAGGCAUUCCACAAAACAUACCCGGAAUAGAUAGCUACGACUUCAGUCCUUUUGUAAUAGAUGAUUUCCAGAAGGCGAUUUAUAGUGUGUUCAUGUUCAAAGAUCUAUUCGGCCUGAGCAGAUUCGACAAAACUAGUCUGAUUAGAUUCACUCUGACGGUGAAAAAGAACUACAGGCGUGUCCCGUACCACAACUGGACUCAUGGGUUCUCAGUGGCCAACACAAUGUACAGCAUUAUCAAAAAUUGUCCACAUGUGUUUCGCCCUAACGAGUGUUUGGCAUUAUUUAUUGGAUCUCUUUGUCACGAUUUGGACCACAGAGGUAAAAACAACAAAUUUAUGUUGGACACUGAGUCACCCUUGGCAGCUAUAUACAGCACAUCAACCAUGGAGCAUCAUCAUUUCAACCAGACCGUUACUAUACUGCAACAGGAGGGUCAUAACAUAUUUAGUAAAUUGAACAGUAGCGAGUACAAACAGGUGUUGAGCCUAAUCAAACACUGUAUCCUAGCAACGGACCUUGCACUAUUUUUCCCUAAUAAAGACAAACUUAGCAAACUAGUUGACAACGAACAAUUUUCGUGGACCGUGGCCGAACAUCGUAUGUUGAUUCAAACGAUUGCUAUGACUGGAGCGGACUUAUCUGCUUCGGCUAAACCAUGGGCAGUGCAAACCGAAACGGUUAAGGUGAUAUUUGCCGAAUUUUAUGACCAAGGAGACGAAGAAAAGAAAGCAGGACGACAACCGAUCGCAAUGAUGGAUCGUGAACAACCUGAACAGCAGGCUGCAUCUCAAUUAGGUUUCCUCAAUGGCAUUUGUAUCCCUUGCUACACACUUCUACAUCGACUUAUUCCGGAAACGAAACCCAUGCUUAAGAUGUGCAAUGAAAAUCUAGAACGAUGGCAAAAUAUUUCUCACGAUAAUCAGAAGAAAGCACAACAGCAACAAAGCUAAAACCUAAGCCCGAAACAUAGUUGGCAACUGUAUAGAGAUAUCAUAGAGUGCGAAUAUAAAACAAGCAUACCCAAUGCUAACAAACAUAGUACUAACAAUCAGUGGAUGUAUAAGUAUUAGAUUGCUUUAAUAUUCAAAUAUACACCCAGGUUUUUUCACGCGGUUGGAAUUCAUUAAUUUCUCGGUCAACCUAUAUUUUCACAGCUUUUAAAAUACCCCCUGCAUUUUCUUUGAUUUUUUGGGAUUUUUUUCGUGGGGUUAACUCAUUGUUUUAUUGACGCUGAGGGUCUUAAACGACUAAAACCAAACCGUGUUAAAAAAAACCUGGGUGUAUUAGAUCAAAUUUGUGAUCAACAUGUUUUGUUCAAGACAGUACUUUAUGUGUCAGAUGUCCAUAUUUUUCAUCACAGUAGCCCAGUUUUCGUACAUGAGAACAAAUAAACCAAAACAAUAAAUUUGAUAUUCAAGCUAUCGAUUAAGAUGAAUACACUACUAAUUUUCUGGCUACGCCACUGGGGAGAACAAUUCAUUUUCAUUGCAAAACUUAAAAAAACUCGCUGACUCUCCCAUACUAAAAUCCAAAGUGGCUGAAUCGUGAAUUUGGCAGAUUGGAACACCUAGUAGUAUCGAGCUUGGUACCGACCAAAACCUUUAUGCAAAACCCGGGUUACUAUGGUUGCAUCAUGUUGACCACAAAUGCUUCUAUACGAUUUCAUACUUGUCGCUUGCGAUAACAUUCAAUUUUAUGCGUCAUAGUGCUUUGUAAAAAAUCUCCCUUCCACUUUGAGCUUAGGUAGUUCGUCUCACCGAUAAAAGCCAAUGAAAAUCAAUCAAUAAAUGCUGUAUGGGAUAACAGCACCUCUAGCGUUCUACUACUUAUGCGUCUACUUAAUAAUCAGUGGCUGUUCUGUAAAGGUGCAUGUUAGUUGAUAGAUCGAAUUACUAAACAAUUAGUGUAUUGAUUUCCACGCAUUAUUCGCAAUACAAGUCAAUUUGCUCCACUAUUUUUGGGAAUUUCAUUUUGUAGCGUUAGAACGCACUGACUGUUAAUCCGGUUCCGGUUCCGCUAAAAAAAUAGUUAAAGUUUAUUUUGUUUGAAUUCGAAUGCAAAAAUGGUAAACUUGACUUAAUAACCUCGCAGUUAAAAACUGUGGACUAAGCUGCGAGACGGUAAUGUCACAGUCGAAGAUGUAAUGCCAACAAAGAAGAAAAGAAGAAGACGAAUGUAAUGAGGAUAAGGAUUACACUUUAAAGCCCGUACACUUAUUA